AUGAGUGGCGCAUCCGAAAGCAGCUGGGCCGGGGAGGCCGGUGGUAAGCCCAUCAUCAUACCGGUUCCAAAAGACCAGCGCGCAUAUUGGGAGCAGAACGUUCCCCAACAGCAGGAUGCGCUUCUGCUGCACGGCCCCGGGCAAGCAUACCGCCUUCACCGGAACCAUUCUGUCCCACAACUGGUCGGAGACAACGAAGUCCUGGUGAAGGCAGCCGUCAUUGGACUGAACCCGAUUGACUGGAAGGCGCCUGAUUAUAACUUUGGGAUCUCCGAGUUCCCGUUCAUGUCUGGAAGAGAGCUCUCUGGAACCAUAUGUUGCGUGAACGCAGCUGGCUCUCGAGUUUUGGUGGGCGAUAGAGUCAUAGCCAUUUCGACCGACUACCGAGACUAUCGCAAGAGCGCCUACCAGCUUUAUGUCGUAGCGUCGGACUACAACGUUGUUCGAGUCCCGCGGGGCGUCUCACUGGACGAGGGGGCCUCCAUCGGCGUCGCGUUUGUCACAUCCGCCCUGGCAUUGGGUAUUUGCCUCGGGGUCGACUUUUCUCACGUGCUGGGAGGACCAGACCUAUUCCGGCUCGUCAGGGGUGUCGAUGUUGCGGGCAUCCCCGACGACGUCAGUCGUGAGACGUUGAGUUCACUUGACGAGCACGAGAGGGCGCAGCCUGGCGACUGGCUCGCAAUCUGGGGCGGGUCCGCGACGUCUGCCAACUUGACGAUACAGCUGGCAAAGCUUGCAGGGCUGCGUGUGGUUGUCAUUGUCGACCAGGCAAAGCACGGCUCCUGGAUCAGCCAACACUCGUCCAUCCGCCCCGACCUCUUGGUCGACAGCCACGACAACGACCGUGCGGUCGAGGUCAUCCGCGCCAGCACGGGUGGCAAGCUGCACUUUGGCAUCGACACGCGGGGCAGGGAGUCGGCAACUCACUUGCUUCGCGCUCUUGCACGAGGGCCCGUCUCGGAUAGCAGUGAUACGUUUGUUGUGUCGCCGCCAUCCACUCCACCCCGCCUCGAUCCGAAUCGGUUGCGGCGGGGGCAUCUGGUGGGAUUGACGGGGCUGCCCAAGGAGAACAUCCCGCCGUCCGUUGCACUGCAUACUGUUCCGAUCAAACUGUUCCACGAGGUGCCCGCGGUGGGCAGGGCGUUGACCUCCUGGCUGGAGCAAUUGCUGGAGGCCGGCCGAAUCUCUGCGCCCCGCAUCAUUGCCGUGGAACAUGGGUUAGAAAGGGUGAACCCGGCGCUUGACAGGAUGAGAAGGGGGGAGAUCAGCGGGGGAAAGCUCGUCGUUCGCGUGUGAGAUGUGGCGGCGCCGAGACGCGUAUUAUCAGUAGAGGAGCC